UGAGUCUAAGCAAGCUGAGGGGACACCUAGCAGGUCGGGAGUAGCUGAGGGGGGAGCUGAAAAGUUAGAUGGAACUAAACCAAGGGACAAAGCUGAACCGAAGACGGAUGAAAGGAAGGUUGCAUUGCCAGCAGGAUCAGAUCCUGAAAAAGGAACCACUCUCAUGAAGGCUGAACAGGAGGCAGGUAAACCAGGUGUGACCAUGCUAGGGAAAACAGCCAUUCUUCCAGAAGCUGAUUCCAAGAAAACGAAGAUAAACACAGAAAAGCCAGUUGAAACUAUGUCCCAAGAGGAAACCAAACCUGAGGAAGCCAAGAGGGAUUUAGGCAUUGGAGGAGGAACCAUGAUCAAGGGGAGAACAGUCACUAAGGAAGCACUUUUUCAAGUGGAGGGGGAGAGAGAUAAGCCUCAGGGAAUCAUUCGAGAAAGUAAAACUACACCAAAGGAAGCUGUUUCCAUGGAGCCAGAAAAGGAAGUAGAGAAACCAGAUGGAACCCUGCCCAAAGGGGAGUCUGCAUCGAAGGAAGAUGUUACCCAGAAAAGUUCUCCUGCUGCCAAAGUUGUUAGACGUCAAAAGCUUGCCACCAUAGAUCCUGUACCCUCACAGGCCACCUCCUUUGAAAUCAAACUCCAUCAAGAAGACUCAAAGAAACCUGAUGGUAAAGCUGAAGGUGCUGCAUCCCAAGAGAUCAAAGCAACUGAUUCUAAUUUGGGCAGAAAAGAAACAAAGAAAUCCAUCCUAACCUUUGCUCUGCCAGUUGAAGAUUGUUCAAAGAAGGUCGAACUAAAUGUUAGCCUACCCACAGAGGUUACUUCUCUGGAACCAAAAGCUUCAAAGAAGGUUGAACCAAAUGUUAGCCUGCCCACAGAGGUCACUUCUCUUGAACCAAAUGCCCAAGAAUCUGAAGUGAGGGAAAUGCGCUUCAAAGUUGCCACUCUCAAGGAAGUUCCAUCUAAGAGAGCAUCACCCAGAAGAACUAGGCCUAGGAAAGCUGCAAGUGAAGAGGUGUCCCAAGAUUCCCCAGUGGGGACUCCAACUAUGACUGGGUCACAGGAUAGCACUGACAUCGCGGUUGAGUUGAAGGAAAGCACAGUUGAUCUUGAAACACAAGCAGAUUUGGUCAUUUUGUCACAAUCUGUUUCCAAGGAGCCACCACUUACCAAGAGGACACUUAAAGAAGUCGCCGAUAAAGAGAAGAUACCAGCAGAGGAAAUCUCACCAAAAGAAGCUCCUCCCACAUGUUUUACACCAAACAAAAUAGCAUCCAAAGAGACUGUGUCUGAAGCAGUUGUGCCGAAGAAAGCUGCUCCAAGCAAGUCACUAACUGAAAAGCUCUCCUCCAAGGAUGCCUCACACAAAGAAACCUCCUCAUCCAAGUUGGCACCAAAUAAGAGUGUGUCACAGAAGGAAGUCAAUACUGAAGAAGCUACACCCAAGGAAUUGUCAUGGAAUAAUGUCCCAACUAAGAAGACCAGACUGGCAGAUGAUGCACUUGUAAAAAAUUCAGCCAAGAAAGUUGCAUGUACACACAAGAAGACUGCAUCUGUUGAAACAACCUUUAAAAGUACCACACCUAUCCUGCAUGAAGAGGUUAAGAAAAUGCCAUCCAUGAAGGCCACACCCAAGAUAACCUCCCCAAAGAAAGGGGCACCUAAGGAUACUACUCCAAAGGAAACAGAAACUAGACGUAUUGCAUCACCUGGUCCAGUUUUGAAGCCUGCUCCAUCAGUUGAUGCGGCAGCUGGUCAGAAUUCCUCUACUACUGCCCUUUCAGCACCAGAUCUCUUAGAUCCUAAAGAUCCAAACUCCAAAACAAUGUCUAUGGAUGCUACAUCAUCCCCUCGUGCUCCAAGGAGAUCAACUCAGUUGACUAAUGUUCAGAAUAAGACAACGCCUCCCAGGACUCAAACAAAACCCCAUGGUAGUCUUCAGCAAAAGGUUUCCAACAAAACCUCUGCAAAGGACAGUGUGCUGGCCAUUUCUUCACAGACAUCUAUUAUCACAGACACUUCAACUAAGGACCAGGACGUAAAGGACAGGACACUACCAGGACAGAAAAACACAAGUCACAAAAUAUCAUCUGAUGAUGCACAGAAGAUGGUGAAGCCACCACCAAAGACUGGUAGUAAUGUAACAUCCACUAAGAGCACAGAAGCUGGCCUUAGUCGGGAUACAUCUAGCAAGAGUGGCAUAGUUAGAGAAGGGAAGCAUGUUGGGAAACCUAAAAGGGAGGAUGCUAAAUCCAGUCCUGCUGCAUCAAAAGGAAAAGAACAACCUCAAUCAGCCAGUCCAGCAUCUUCUGUGCCAGCCGCACCAGACAGCUCGAAACAGGUCACCUUGAAAGUCCAAGAUGCUUAUCCAGUUUCUUCACUCCAAAAGAAGAGUUCAUUGUCAGGUGCCCCUGAAACUGCAACAUUGACCUCAUCCACAAGGAACCCAGAGAUGGUGAAGGAUGCAGGAUGUAAAUCACCUAGGUCACAGAGUGCCUGUCCAAGGCAAAGAAACCCUCAAGAAUUAGAUGUGUCUGCUGAUGUUUCCAUGGAUGAAGACCGAGGAGAGUACAUUGAUGUUGACGAACUGAUGGCUGGUGAAGUCAUCGUCCUGGACGAAGACAGUGAAGACAGUGACCAGGAAAUGGAGAUGACCUACGAUGACGAUGACAUUCUUGUUAUCGAUACCGUGGGUGAGGUCUCAGGCAAUGUCUCGGGAGAUGACGAGGAGGAGGAAGACACAUGGAUCAUGGAGGAUGCGGACGGAGAUGAAGAAGCGGGCUUUGACAUGCCAGAGUUCGGGGAGAUGUUUGCCAUUGAUGAGGUAGGGGGAUCAGAUGACGAGGAGGAAGAAAUGGAAGAUCAAGAUGUGCAUGAAGUGGAUUGGUGGGAGGUACUAUCUGAAGCAGAAGAGGAUUGAACGCAUCUAUUUGUUGUCUGCGUCUGCUAGCUGUCAGAUUUGUAGAAAUCCUACCCUGUUUUACAUGAAACUUGGCAAAUUCUCCACUAUUAACAGGGAAAACUUGGACCGUGGUGGACAUGUUUGGGUCAAAGAAUGCACAUCCAUUCAGAAUUUAACUAUAUUAAUUGGAGGGGAAUUGUUAAUAUGCUACUUGGUAUGAAACAAAUUGGGAUUGUCACCUCAUUUGCUUUAUUCCUUAAAAGACACAACCAUGUGGAAUUGAAAUCGAGUUUGUAUUAUACAUGUACAUACAUGCAUGCACAUGUACACUGUACAUAAUAUGCUGACUUUAGUCAUGCACCUGUACACACCUUUAAUACUGGAAUAUGCUUGAGACAUUGCUCAUGGCUUUGCUUCGUGUACAAGACACUAGAUGCUUGACCUUUCUACUAGAGGUGAAUUACAUGUAUGCAAGUGGAAAGUUUGAAACAUUGUGAGUCAUGUAAUUUACAUAUAUGUUAAUAAAUAUGCUGGUCUAACAUGUACAUGUAAAAUGUUGAUAAUGGGAGGCAUUUACAGUAUGUACGUGUACUUGUAAAUAUGUUCAUUUUUAUGGGCCUGUGUGUAUAUAAAGUCAGCUCACAUGUUUAGGAUGUUUACAGUGUUACCUCAGAUAAGUUGGAUCCAGUGAGACCAACCGAUUUUAUCCGACUUAGGCACAAAUCCGACUUACGUGAAGAAGACCAAAUGUAUUAUAUAGUCAUUGUGACCAGCCAUAUAACGGCGGCAGCCCACAAAAAAUAUGAAAUAAAGUAAUAUCGUGAUGGUUCUAAUGUCAAACAUCAUUUCAUUUCCGCACUACGUAUGUUGUACAAAGAAAAUCACGGCUUGUGUCGCUGAUUGUGCCACACAAGUUGAUACCUUGAGUGUUGCCAUCACAAGGUACCUGUACUUCGGUAGCUGUACUUAGCCCAGCCACUUUGUCCAAUAAAAAUGCAGUCUGUGAUCACAUGGGCACAUAGACUUUUUUCCAGCCAGAAAUCAAGUUCAUUCAUGGAGUAUGGCAAUGGGGGUGGAGCAUGACAUGGAGCUCAAGCCAAGGUUAUAGGCUGCUACUCGAAAGUACAAUGUGUACAUGCGCAUCCCAUGUGAUGUGGUAUUGCAGAUAUCGCUGUGAAAACCCAGUGAAACCGGUGCCAAAAUGAUUGAUUUGGACAGGAAAAUACCGAAUGUUCCCCAAAUCCCAGUGGUUACUGGAAUGAAUAAAUGUAUGAAAAUUAUUUUUUGUAAAUCCGACUAAAAGAGGUAAAACACAUGUUCUAAGCAAUUUUAUCCGAGGUAAGCAAAAAUCCGAUUUAAACGAAUCUGACUUAUCUGAGGUGUACUGUAUUUAACUUGAAACUGUUGAUUUGUUGGAUGAAAUCCGUCAGAUUCACUAAAGCCGCUCAUCUGGAAAAAUUUAACCAAACGAUUUGUUGAAUUCAAAAACAAAAUCAAACUACAUGUAUUAUGAUGAAAACAAUUGAUUAAAAUAAAUUUCAAACAAAAAGUUGUAAGUAUGCAUUUCUUGCGGCGUUGGAAUAAUGAAUUCACCAAAACUUGGUGUGAAAUAUCUGGUACUUUAUAGUCUUAUUGUUAUUUUAAUUGGGUUAUCUGAGUGUUAUACAUGCACACACAUAGUUUUAUACUGUCCAUACAUAUGCAUGUAGAAUGUGUGUACAGUUCUAGCGUUUUAUGCUGUGUUUUGUCAUUUACAUGGAUAUUCUUCCCUGUUACUGUAAAGAGCUUGUAGUUUCCUUGCGUUAGAUUAACACUGGUGUUAGGAUAUUCAAAAUACGAUUUGGACUGUGUUAAGGUUUCUCGACAUAGCAAAACUGGAUAAAGGAACCAUUGUUAUGAUGUGAAACACAAUAAAUUUGGACAGAAAGCA